CCUCUUGUCCUGGCACUGGGCACCGCAGCCUGGCCCUACAGAUAAGGACCACGUCCUUUGGGUGGCUCUGUGUCCUUUUCAUACUGCUCACUUUUGGGAUAUCAUCAUAACAAAUCAGCUAGAGACCAGAUUCAUGAGGAUGUUUAAGCAGAGAAUAAGAUUUUCAAGGUGUGAUUCUGCCAGUUAAGUUCAGUUGCAGCUGAUUUGAGCUAGACUGUCUUGUAAAUCUUGUUUGCUUUUUGGUUGCUUAUUUGCAUGUAUCAGUGUCCUAUCCUCCCUUUUGGAUGUUACAAUUCAAUACAUCUUUUGACUUGCUGGUUUUCAAAUAGCUUUGGGAAAGCAGUUCUUGCUCUGCUGCAUGCUUUGAACACUACUGCUGUGCGGUUUGAUGAUGGGUUUUGCAGUUGGAGAUCAAUGGACUUCCAGUAAUACGAGGGCUGUAGCAGCCCUUUGUUCCUGGAGAUUCUUCCACACUAAAGCCUAUUAAAAAAGAAACGUAAAGUAGGGUAGAAAUCAUGUAAAAAUGCCCUAUUGAUAGAGGCUGUGAGGCUGAGAUGGCAUACAAGCUUUGCUGCUUGGCACUCAUUAAUAAUACGCAGUACAAACCACUGGAAGGUCUCUCAUAAAGGUGUAUAGGAGGUAGGGAGUUGGAAUAGGCUUUCUCCUGAAGUUUGCAGAUUUCUGACUGUAAAAUAUGCUGAAAGAGUCUCACCCAAGAGAGCCAUCCCAGGUUUAGAAACGUGCAGCUCCACGCUGACAGCUGGCGUGAAUGAGGAUUCCUCUUACAUCCAGAAAGGAAUCUUUACUUGGGAUUUCUCUCCCCUCACCUUUGCCAUCUGAGCUGGAGCUGCUUUAUUCCCUUCACGUGGUGAGAGAUAGAGGGUAUAAGUAAGACAUCUGAAGCCUUCUAGAAAGUGUUCUUAGAAUGAAAUGAGUGAACGUCCUCUCAAUAUGCUGUUGUCUGCAGGACGAGACCAGCUCUCAUCUAUAAACUCUGCAGUAGUGUGAGCUAAAGCCAAGAAAUCUCACCUUUUCUCUUAGAAGGUUCAUUUUCUCAGUGCUUACUCACCUGUGAGGAGCAGCAGUUCGCUGCAUUCCUACAUCAGAAGGCUGUGAUCCACUGCCAGAGGACUUUGGAAAGUUCUCACAGUGUGUGUUUGGUUGUUGGGUUUGGGUUGUGUUUUUUUUGCUGUUGUUGUUUGGUUGGUUUUCUUUUGAGGGAACUUCUGAAAGCCCCCAGUUGAGUCGUAACUACAGGAAAAGUUGGGUUGGAUGGAAAAGGAGCUCAUGGGCUGAGCAGUUGUGGGCUGGUAGGGUACGUGUAGCAACAGUUUGUCUGGAAUAUGAAGGAAGUCCUCUGUUCGUGGAGCUUGGUGAGGAUGGGGAUGUUCCCAUGCAGCUUCUUCAGAGCUCAGGGUUGAAGUCGUGUUUGUGGGAUCUGUUGUGCCACAUAGACCCCAUCACCAACCUUGUGAUUCUAUGACCAGUGUAGCUAGAGAUUUGAAGGGUCCUGCUGACCCCAGGGAAGCUUGUUACAGUACACUGUACCUCUUACACGUCCUUGCAUGUGGGAAGGAACAGCAGAAGAGGAAAAUAGAUGCAGGGACCCAGAAAAGCAGAAAAAUAGAAGCGCUGAAGAGAAGUGAGGAUUCACGUAAGAAAGGAGCGCAGAAGAGGAGAAGAUUAGAGAGGAUAUUGUUAAGAAAGAUGUGAACUAGAGGAGAAUAGUAAAACAAAGGGAGAGAGAGGGUAUAGAUAAGACAGAAGAGCAAAAGAGGUGACAACAAGAAGACAAGAAAGAAUACUUGAAAUACAGAAGAGCAGAAGAGGAGAAUGGGAGAGCGUAUAGAGAAGACAGAAAAGGAGAAGCAGAGAAGUGGAGAAGAGAGGAUGCAGGUAAGGGAGAAAAGCAGAAGAGGAGAAGGGGAGAACAGCGGAUACCGUCAGAUGGAAGGGGAGAAGAGAGGAUACAGGUAAAACAGAAAUGCAGAAUUAGAGAAUAGCAAAUCUUAGAAGUUGUCCUGUCCUCUUGCUUUGAGAUCUUUCAACUGUUCUGUAUUUGAUGAGGGGUUAUGACAUCUGAGAAACAUCAAAUAAGGUACAAGACAGAGGAUACCCCAGAAAAGGUUUGAGAAGAAGUGUUUCAACACCCAGGAGGCAGACAGUUGUUGCCAUGAUCAACUGAGAUUAUUUCCAGGAGUCUCCCAAGCACUGAGAAUCCCGAUGUCUGUUUGAUGUUAGCAACUGCUGGCUGGGUCUACCUUUGAGAGACCUAAGGAACCAGGUGGAGUGCAUUACAAAAUGCUUCUGCUGAGGUGGUGUUGUGGGGAGACUGGAGGUGCGUGUGGCAUUAAGUGCACCUGCAGGCCUCUCCUUGCUAAUCUGUUGAGUGCAGAUGUUCCUUUGUGACAGCCAGUUAACCAGAGGGCAGAGUGGCUGCCACUGUUUAAAAUUUGGAAAGAGGAAUUCUAAAUACAAAUCAAAGGAUAACUCCUGUCAGAGCAGCUUGUUUGCUCAGCAUAUCAGUUCACUGGCAAUGAGCUCAGCCCCAGUUAUUGUCUCCUACACACUGCAGAAGAAGAUUAGGAUUGUUGGGAGGCUUCAGAUCCUAUGGAAGCUGAGACCUCCAGUGACCCACAGCUGCUGCGGUAAGCGUUGCAGGGAAGAGUGGCUGCAGAGACACUCUUUGCAGCUGUGGUCUUUAUGAGAGGACCCUUAAUUCCUGGUAUUUGAGAAGGUGUGUGGGGAAGGCAUCACCUCAAAAGGUCCCUUUUGUCUAGGAUGGAUGUCUUUGGUGAUUCUUUUGCUGCGGGCUGUGUCAUUGCCUCCCCAUUAAUUGCUGAGUUCAGUUUCCAACUUCAUUCAGAGGCUAGAAUGUUUUCUCCAAAAUCUGGUUCUCCUCUGGGACUCUGAACAGUUGCUGGCAUCCGCAGAGAUCAGUGACUCUUGGGAUCCUGUCUUAGCAUCCCCCUCCUUUAGACCCACAGGCUGUGACAGUGUAGCUAGAGGGUCUCACUCCUGACAAAUAAUCCCCACCAAGCUCUCCACCCAGGGUUACCAGGUAUAAAGGCAGAUAAGUAGCCAAGGUCCAAGCUCUGCAGGAACCAGCUCUGGGAGAGCACUGUGGUGGAGCAGUGAGUCGGUUCAACAGCGGUUCACCAACAGUAACGUGUCCCUUCCCAGCAGUCUGUGCCCAGAACUCCCGUCCUUCCUCUUGGAGACUCCCAUCAGCUCCAGGUAGGCACCACUGAGAGUCCCUUACCCAAGCCCACGUCCUGACAGCCGGGCUGGAAGGCGGCUGCUGGGCCUGAGCUGCUUCCUGACCAGUGCCUGACAUGGCGUUAACCAUUAACUCCCUGCUCCGAGGCACGCUGGGAGCACUGUUGUUUUUUAGGGCACUGCGAAAUCGCUUUGUCCUUUCCUGCGACAUUCUGGUGACGUUUCUCGCUGGGAUCCUGCCUGGAGCUGAGCAGCCUUUCCUGGUUGCAGCCAAAGCAGUCAGCCUCUCAGCAGAGCCGCGGUUCCACGUGGCCUUUGUGGUCUGAGUUGUCCCUCAGCAGGAGGACCGCGGGGUGUGUGCUGCGCACAGAAGGUUGAGCUGCCUUUCUUCAAAGGAAGUAUAACACACCGGGAACACGCUUUAAACACUCGGAAUCAGCCGAGCUCCCAUCUCAGAGGAGCAGAAAACAAACAUGGCAGAAUUUACAGGUUAUAAGGAGACCUCCAGUCGGCACCUGCGGUUCAAGUUGCAGAGUCUCAGCCGCCGCCUUGAUGAACUGGAAGAAGCGACGAAAAAUCUCCAGAAAGCAGAGGAUGAGCUGCUGGAGCUCCAGGACAAAGUGAUCCAGGCAGAAGGCAGCAAUUCCAGCAUGCUGGCUGACAUCGAGGCCCUGCGGAAAAGAGUGCUAAAGAUUGAAGGCAAGGAUGAGGAAAUUAAGAAGGCUGAAGAGCUUUGCAGGUUAAUGAAAGAAAAACUUGAAGAAGAGGAGAGCCUCACCCGAGAGCUGAAGUCAGAAAUUGAGCAUCUGCAGAAGAGAAUGGCAGAGCUGGAGAAACUGGAGGAGGCCUUUGGCAGGAGCAAGAACGACUGCACGCAGCUGUGCCUCAGCCUCAACGAAGAACGGAAUUUGACCAAAAAGAUAUCUACAGAGUUAGAGAUACUAAGAGUGAAAGUGAAGGAACUUGAAGCGUCUGAAGAGAAGAUGGAUAAAACCGAGCAGAGCUUAACAGGUGAGUUAGAAAAGCUGAAGUCUUUAGCACUGAGCUUUAUCAGUGAGAGAAAACAUUUUAAUGAAAGAGAAAAGCAGAAUGAAAAAAUAAUCCAGGAGCUCACGCUGAAACUGGAGCAAAACAACAAAUUAAACAGGGCCGAUCAAACUAGAAAUGCAUCCAACUUGCUGGAAAGGUCAUCAAACAAUCUCCUGGACAGAAAUGAUUUGAGAAUUGAAGAUGAUUUGACUUCUGCGUUGCCUUCUAAAGAAACCAGGCGGAAGGGAAGCGUAGAUUACCUAAAGCAUGUAGAAAAUGAAACCAGGAAUAAAUCAGAAAACCAAAAGAAUAAAAAUCAGGAAGACAACAAAGUGAAAGAUCUCACCCAAGAAAUUGAGAGGCUUAAAACUCAGAUCAAACAUUUUGAAUCCUUAGAAGAAGAACUGAAAAAAAUGAGAGCCAAAAACAGCGACCUGCAAGACAGUUAUUUGAGUGAACAGAAUAAAAACAAACUUCUCACCAGUCAGUUGGAAGAAAUAAAAAUGCAAAUAAAGAAACAGAAAGAUCUGGAAAAUGGAGAGGUUGAAAAUGAAGAUGCAAGCUUCUCUAGCAGGGGGAAACAUGACAGAGCUAAAUACAGAGCUGUUGCAGCAGAUUUCACAGCUGCCAAGCACAAACCAAGGGAGGUUUCGCCCCAGCAGCGCCGGGAGAGAGUGAGAAACAGAGAUUUCUCCUUCAGCAAUGACAGCUCCAGCCAUGGCGGUAAGCAGACAGCCAGCCCGAGCCUCAUGAGCAGGAAGGCAGGAAAGGCAUCGGGUGCAGCUGCCCUUGCAGAUGUUGCUGCAACAGACGUGAAAAGACUGGAAGAGAAGUGUUUGGUUUCCACUUUUUCGUCUGGUCAGAAGGAAGCUUCCUUCACGCAGAACGAGGGGAAGAGAUCCAAAGAGCAGCCCUCUGUCCUCAGUCGCUACCCCCCCGCUGCUCAUGAGCAGAAAUCUUGGAAAACACCUCCCAAACCCGUUAGCGAGCUGAGAUCCAAGGCUGAAAAACCAUCUCAGGCAACCCGCGGCAGCUGCCAGAGCGGCGCAGACACGAGGGAUGAAAAAUCGAGCAGAGGGGAAUCGGUGGCUUUGUUGGCUGAGAAGCUGAGACCAAAUCAGGGAGAGGGGAGCGAUGCUGUGGGGGACGCGCAGCAAUGCAGGGGGCACUGCGCCGCUUCCAACGGCGUGGCCACCGCGUACAGGUGCCACGUCUCAGCAGCGGAGUCGGACUGCGUCGGCUCUAAGGCAGAAGCGGCGAACGCCUCGACUGCGUCGCACCGCCAGCCCUUGGAGGGAAGGGCUAAAAGAGCCGCCAUCCCCCAGGAGAAGGAACUCGCGGAUGUGCCGCUGGAAAGCGUGAGAGCAUCGCCGCUAACGAAGCGUUCGCAUCGCUCAAGGAGCCAGGAGGACAUCCUGCAGAUUCUUAAGGAGGACGCAGAGCAGUCUGCAGCAGCAGGCCAUGUAAGUGCUGGCUUAAAAGCAGACUCCAAAACCGUCCAGAGUAGUCAUGAGAAACUUAAUUCAGAUGAAGAAAUGGGGCGAAGUAAAAAAGCGAACACUCAGUCGGAUUUUGAGACGAGAAAGAAAGCCAAUCCCAAGCAGUUCUCUAAUUCCAGGGGAGUUUUUAGAGCAUCUCUCUUUGAAAAUGACAAAAGCGCUGUACACGAGGAGGACUCCUCUAAGUGUGUGAAACCGUCAGACGCCGACACUGGAGGACUCAAAUCCAGAAGGUCGUUCAGCCCGAGAGAAGCUCUGAGAUCCAAAGCCAUCAUUAAACCUGCCAUUGUGGAGAAGGACAUGAAGGCCAUCAUGGGAGGGGCUGUCACUGAGACUGAGUCAGAAAAGCAGAAGUCUGUUUUUAAAGCGGUCACAAAUAAAAUGACGAGCAGUAUCACAAUCUUCCCUUCUGAGCCAACGGUUCCAAGGCCCAGCACGGACACAGCAGGAAAGGAAAGGCAUAUUACCACCAGCAACAUCAGGGUUGCUCCAAAUGAACCCUCCCCGAUAACCAACAGCCUCCCCCAACCUUUUGAGGUCGCGGUCAAUAGAAGUGCCCUGAAAAUAUCUGAGACCGACAGGACUGGAGAUGCGGUGCUGAGAAGUAGAACAGAAACGGUGGUCUCCAGGAGCAGCAUUGUGAUAAAGACUUCUGAGCCCCCCGAGAAGAGCGCUGAGCUCCCGUUGGACGCAGCCAGCUCCAGGAGCCACGGCUCUUCAGACUCCAUUUCAUCCGAAACCAAACACGUCACUCUGAGAAGUUCAUGGAGAACAAGGCAAGGCUUACAUUCCCUGGAGGACUCUCAAAUAAAAGUGGAGAAGAACACAGCUUCCAGCCCUACGAACGCGUGCAGGUCUUCAGUGGACCUCUCCGAGAUGGAAGGGAACAGCACUCAAACAAACUCCUCGGAGCAGAGCUCAGUGAGGAGCAGCGCCAGCACCAACUCCUGGAACACCCCUGAGAUGGGCUCCCGAAGGACCAAAAGUAACUUAAGUGCAUCUGAACUGCUGACACGCAGGAACUACACCAGUGAUCCCACCACGGCUUCCCCCUGGCACCGCACCACGCUACCUGAUGAAAGCAAAAAUUUUGUCUCCAGUUCCAGAAGAAAACAGUAUGGCUCUUCUGAGUACCUCUCGCAGGCUGACACGGCAGGGAGAAGGGCAGUCCCCACCCUGGAGCUGCAGGACCCCACAUCCAGCCCCAGUGCCCCACCAGGGCUCCAGGCAGAAGACCAGGGUGCUUCCCGUGUUGGCCGGCCGAUGUCCCGGAGAUGAGCUGCACUCCCUUCCACCAAACCAACACUGCAUCACAAAGCGAGAGACAGGACUGUACUGAGCUCACGGGUGUCACAUCUGUUUGUAACCUCUCCAGAAGCUUCAGCCAGCCAGAAAACAGUUUUCUGACACCAUUUGUGAGAUACAAGAGCUUUACCAGUGAAUUUUUUCCCUCGUUGCUGAAGAGGCAGCUGCAGAGACUUUGCUCAGGGGACUCCCACUUCUCACCUCUGUACCUGCAAUCCUCACCUUCUCCAUAGGACACAGCUCUGUCUCCAUAUGAAAAACACUGACUUGUGUACCAGCCAUGAUUUCAAACAGAACAAAGGUACUCCUUGGACCAGAGAGAACUUCUCACCGAUCACCCACGUACAGAUGAGAUGCAGGAGGUGUCCUGUGACUGCAGCUGGGAUGGCCGUCCUACGCAGUGCUCAGCUCCUCCAGGAGCCCACGAUCUCCACUGCACACCACACCUUCCUCAGGUCACAACUCACCCCACGCCUGCAUUCCUGUCUGUAGGUGGGAGAAAAGCAAUCUCUGGUUGUUUGACCCGCUAACAGGGCGGGAGGGCAGAACAGCUUCCUCCCCUUGUGCUGUGCAUGAUCUGCUGAUAGCAGCUGAGCUCUGAUGCUCAGUGAUCACUGCAGCAGCCCCACAGCAGUGCACACAGCAGCAAAUGUGCUCCUGGUUUGGCCCAGGAGGGGCUUUUCACCCACAGCUUUAUGGCUGUCGUGCUGGCUCUGAGCCCCUGAGAUCCAAGGGGUGCUGAAAGGAGGGCUUUUCUUCUGAUGGGAGAAGCAGGAUAUCCUUAUUCCUUCCAAAAAGAGGGAAAACAGCAGGACUGGACCCCAGACUGAGCUCCAGGAUGGCCGUGGAGCAGCCCCAAACUGCUCCCCCCUCCUCAGGAGCCCCCACCCGGGACCCACGUCAGGGGCUGCAGAGUUCUGCUCCCUUCUCAGUGCCACCGACGUCAGAUGGCAGCAGUGCUGGGGUCACCCCUCAGCUCCACACACCCAUAAGGUGAGGGGGCUGCAUGUCAAACCACUGCAGCUCUGUGCCCCCCUCCCUCCCACCAUGGGCUGUUCCUGGGGCUGGGCUGCACUACCACCAACCCCUCCCACGAAGGUGCUUCAAUGGCAUUAUUUUUUUUUAAUUAGUUUUUUUUUUUAAUAAAGAUUGGCUGGAGGGGGAAAAAGGUUAUUUUGGGGGGGGAAAAAAAGUUCCCAGUUUCCUCUCGGCAGUUUUAAAUGUUAUCUCAAAUCUGUGUUUUUUAGCAUUGCAGUUUAUUCUGUUUCGAGAUGUGUCCAUGCGUCAGGUUGCCUCAGGAGGCAAAAAGACAGCGCUUUUAAAUGAGUCCUGCAGCAGCUCCAGUCACCCUAAAUUAUAUUAAAUUAUAUCACAUGCUUUCUCCUACUGCUCUGUGGGGUGGGAGAGAAAGACUGCGUGCAGCUGCUGCCAUAACAAAGCAGCCCCAAACCCACCAAGAGAACUGAGAGAAAUGGGAACUCUGCGGUUCAAUGCAGAUUGUGCUGCAUUUCUCCUCCCCCCACUGCAACGCUGGUCCUGCAGUGCUGAAAAUUGGUGGCGUUCCACCGUCUGAGAGCAGGGAGGAGCAGGAGGGCAACACGGCACUGAGGGAAAGGAGGAGCCUGAAGGGGAGGAGGGCUGGGAGCAGCUGCUGUGCGGCUGUUCCCCAUUGCCAGCCCCGCGUUUUGCAGCGCAGAUCUCCAGCUCUGAAUAAACGUGGUGCCACCCAACCUCAUUCUGCCACAGUUCAGGCCGAGAAGGAAAACCUCAAGUUUGAGAGAGGGGUUCUGCCCCGUCAUGGCGAGUGCAAUAGGAGCUGAUUGUAUUGCUAGAGCGAUGACUUCAGGAAACACGAUGUCUUCUGACUCAAAUUGCACACUUUUUUCUUUUGUGUUUUGGUUUUUUUGUUUUGUUUUUUUGGAACGGCUGUAAAAUAGUGUAUGUGUAAAUAUUGCCAUCACGGAAGAAAUAUUUGUAAUUUUAGCAUAUAAAUAUAACGGGCUUUUAGAGGACCUGAGGCCACGAGGCUCAUUCCAAAGGUGUAAAUGUAUUUGCUGCGUCUGCGCUCCUUGGUCAGAGUAAAGGAGGCACUGCAGUGUCCCCACUGCACUCUGAUGGAGCCCCAUCCCCACAUACAGCCACCAGCUCUGCGAGAGGACAGAGGGGGUGCAGGGCUGCUCCCAGUGCUGGGAAUGGAGCAACAACCACACAGACAUUGCAGUGCAGCCCUCAGCUCUGCCCCUCGCACAGCACGGGGGCUCCCAGCCGUUCUUUGCUGCUGCAGCUGAUGGAAAGGAUCCCGGUAGGGGAUGGUGCUGGGGCUGCAUGGAAUGUAUUUUUAAAGAGGAAAAAAAUAUAUAUAUAAUUAUCUAUUUUUUUGUAUUUGCGGACAUAGAUUUGGGCUGGGGCAGCUUAGUUAGAGGGCAAUAAUGCAAUAAAUGUUUUCAUAACCACAGAGCCAGGGGAGCAGCUCUGCCCCUGCUCACCUCUCCCCGUCCCAGUGCUCGCAGUCUGCAUGCCACAUGUAACCACACUUCUCUGCAUGUCUCUCCUGACUCGAACGCUGUCAGCUCUACAGUAUAUAACCAAUAAAACUCUUCUCUUUUUA